AUGAGAUUUUCUACUAUUACUUUUUCCAUCUUUUCUAUUUUUGCCACUUAUGCAAUUGCAGCCCCUUUGACUGAUGCCUUUGCAAAUGCAGAUGCCAAUGCUGAACCUGGUUGGGGAAAGAAAAAAUCAAAAAAGCUACUUUUUGGACUUACUUGCUCUGAUGAAGAUUGGUAUUCUGGGGACUAUGGAUAUGGUGGUUACGGAGGAUUUGGCGGUUUCGGUGGUACUGGCGGUGUUGGAGGAUCUGGAGGAGCUGGAGGAGCCGGAGGAGCUGGUGGUUCCGGUGGCUCUGGUUCAGGUACCUCAUCUGAAAACACCAAUAACAACAAUGCUGGUAACACCAACUCCAAUGGUAAUAACAAUAAUAACCGUAACACCAACCAAAUUGUUAUUUAUGUGGUCCCUGGUGGAUAUUUGUCUCCCAAUGCACAAGUCUCUGGUUCUGUUCCCUUCACUGGUACCGUUAUUAAUGGUGUUUUAUAUGGUAACUCUCCUUCAGGGGGCAGCUUUGGAAACGUUGUGGUAAACAAUCAAGGUCAACUUCAAGUUGUUCCAGGAUCAUCAGCUACUGGAACAACUACUCCUAACUGGGUUGUUCAAAAUGGAACUAUUGUUCCUAAUGAUCAACAGGUUAUCUCUUGUAUUGAUGCUAAUGGAAACACAGUUCUUUUUUGUGACACAGCUUGUCCCAGUGGGGAACCUGCUAAGAAAGUCAAUCUUUCUGCUGAUCACAGUCUUUCACCCAUUUAA